AUGAAGUUCAUCUAUUUCUUAUUUUCUCUUGUCGCUUUGACGGCAUUUGUGUACGCCGACGAUCAAGAAGUAACCGUCGAGAACAUCGCACCAUCAUUGCUUGAAACAGAAGAAGUUUUGAAUGCUAGAGCCUACCUACCUAGAGAUUGCUUCAGACCUGUCGAAAGCAACAUAGGAGUCGCUUGUAUGGCCCUCAUUCCUGUCUGGAGAUGGGACAUCAAAGCUCAAGCUUGUGUACGUGACAACUACGGAGGCUGCAACCGCACCAAGAACAAUUUCUUCACCUUGGACAAAUGUAACGAAGUUGCUAAACCUGUUUGUGAAAAGCUAACUGCCGCACAACUCGCUUUGGCCAACUAA